AUGUCCAAAGCCCUAGAGACCGCGAGAACCCAGCUCAAGAGUAUUCAAAACGGAGCAAGCAAAUUCACGGCUUCCCUCAUCGAAGGUACUCGCAUAGUACCAUCGAGAAACAAGGAUAAAAAUGUCCCUGUCCGUGUCGAUGCCGGAAAAUACAACGCUAUGACGAAGUUGCUCAAUGUUGUCUUGCAAGUGAACUCGAAGCCUCAGAGUCCUGGCCUUGAGGCCUGGGUUAAGAAACACUCCACCCACGGGAAACUGGCCACAGCCCAAUUCAACACUGCCGCUGACGAUAAGAAUGCUGAAUAUCAUCGUGUGAUGGACGAAUUGAUAACCAAGGGGAAGGAGAACGUCAAAGACGGGAAGCAAGCAGAUUGA